AUGGAUCUCAUACCUCAGAACACACAAUUUCCAAUUUUCUGUUUUGGCGACAAGCGUAUCACCGUGAAGAAGGAUAAGCUGCUGAAUGAGCUUCGUCCGACCGUAUACCACUUAGAACUCGAGGAGCCUCGUUUUGGUCUUCCAGAAACAGUCAUUGUCAAACAACAGAAACACGGACGGGAAGCUGAGUUUUGCAAUGAGAUAACUGCCUACAAGAGGCUGCGAAUACUUCAAGGGACCGUGAUUCCAACUCUAUUCGGUCGAGGCUCUUUCAAUGGGCUUCCAGCCUUAAUACUUUCGGAGGUUGAAGGUAUUACUCUGCGCGAUCUCGCUAAAGUCGUCGAACCAAGUUUCCAAGAAAAAGCUCUGGAAACUCAACUUGAGAAAGCUUUCCAGGAGCUACACAAGUACGGAGCCGAGCAUUAUGAUCUGAACCUGGGCAACUUCCUAUUCUGUAACAAUGGACAAGUGGUAGUUAUCGACCUUGAGGAAGUCGAAUUCCCUGAUAGACAGCAAGCUUGGGAACGCAGUGUUAAUUUGGGCUGUGUGAGUAACCUGAUGAGCAGAUUCAGAGAUGUGAGAUACCCACGACGUGCUCCGUCACCUGUUGUAUGCUGGAGAUCUUGUACUGGGGACGACGAUGACAAGAGUGGCUCAGAAGCGCCCGGCUCAUGUUAUUCUAUGGGGCUCGUGAGUCGAGGUGGCAUUAUGAAACCGGGUUUCGUCACGCUCUGA